CUUUCCCCUGUUGUUGCAGCAGCAGCACCCUGCCCUCCACUAGCACGGCCUGAGUCGAACCAGGAGUUGCGCACAUGAACCACACACUGUCACGACCCGUGACACUGCACAAGCCAGUUGAACCGCCUCUCGAAGAAUGGCAGAUGGAACUGGAACGAAGUGUUGAAGUACAUGCGGAAGGAAACGGCAUUUCGCGAGGUCAUCGCACUGCUGAUGCUGGUGACGGGCGGUGGCCAGCCGCGGGCACCAGACCUCCUCACCUACGGUGCCAGAACUCUAAGUCGGCUGAAUGUGGCAUCUUCGUCUAUGACGGAAGGAUGAUGUACCUGACGCGGAGCCACAAGGCUAAGCGAUCCACCAACAGGGAGUUCUAUGUCGCUCGAUUCCUUCCUGUUCAGCCGGGCCAUCUCCUCUUCAAAUACCUCGUCUACAUUCGCCCCGUCGUCGAUAUGCUGAUGCGGGAGCAAAGGCCCGACUUGCGGGCUUGCUCCACGUAUCUUUUCCGCGCGCAAGUAUCCGACGACAGCAAACCAUGGGCCACGGAGCGUCUCACCAACGUGAUCAUACGAUUCACCGCGCGGGCCUGGAGGAAAGGCAUCACGCUGCAGAUACUCCGACAACUAUCCGUCGGCCUCUCGGAAAAGCAUGUCCGCGAAGUCGUCAAACCGUUCAACCGGUUCGAUGACCGUACAGACGCUGCGGAUCGCAAUGUUUCUUUCGCUUGGCAGACUGGCCAUCGCCCGUUGCAGAGCCGGUGGCACGAGUUCCUGCACCUCCCUAGCAUGGUUACUGCUGCGGAUACCAGAGCGGGCUGGGCUGGCGUCGGCGAUUGCAAGCAGGGACCAUCAGCAGUAGCAGCACAGAAUGUCCACCCAUCCGAGCUCGCGCCAACUAUUCCCGAAACACACAUUAUCGCUCCCUCCAAGAGCAAGAAGAGACGACGUCAGAUAACGUUACCAUUCGGUUUCGGUCCCGCCAGCAAUUCCAACGGCCAUAAGAGACCCGCUGGGCCCGAGGAAGACACCGCCCAGAGUGGCGACUGGAAGUUCAGGGCUCCAAGCACCCCUUGCGAGGAGCGCCACACUAAGGACAUGGGUAUCUCGUACUGCGAGACCUUCUUCGACGUUGGAUGUUUCUCGAGUCGUCAAACGCUCUGUUACUACCAGUUUCUACGCAGUGGAGCCCAGCGGCAGAUGAAGCCGUUGACUGAGAGCCUGAUGGGCCACGGAACCCCAUGGGGGAUCUUAGUUAUCCUACGGUCCCAUGACCGAUUCGCAUCCGCGCUGGUGUUAGAGCCAACUACCCAAUAUUUUGGCACUCCGCUAUCAGACCAACCAACUCAAAAAUACCUGUCUGUGGUGGAUCCAUCACCCCAGGAAGAAGCGAAGCGCGAGGAAACUGCGAGCUCGCAUCGCACGUGGGAAAAGGCCGUCGACCACUGGCAAUCCCUCCUCGAGAAACUCUGGAGGAUUGGCCAGUAAAUGAAGCGAAGCGUUCCUUCCUCGCUUCCUCCGUGUUAACAGACUCCGG